AUGAGUAGGACGGUGCUUUCUCCCGAUUCCUUGGAGAACUUUUGCGGCCUCCAAGGCGGUUCUGGAUCUAAAUUGCAGGGAGUCACGCGAUUCGCCGGGACACGCGCAAAUCAACGCUCAGCUCCGUGGCCACGCGCCCUAGUGUCGGCCAAUGAGAACACCGCCACAAACUCGUGUGCGUUGCGUAGCCCGCGGCACGCCGGAAGCCUCGAAACCAUAAACAAACUCGAUGUGCGCCUUUUAACUCGACAGAAGAGCCUGGCUUCUCCAGGACUUGCAUUGUUUACAUUAACUCAUGAAACUCCACGCGCCACAUUGUGCAAAUUUGAGAUCUGGCAAGGUGCGUCAGCUCCCAGCUUACCGAGUGUAAAUACGCCAUGCGAGCUGUGGGGUAGUUUUGCUAAAGGUUGA